UUAGAUAAAUAUUUCUCUGUGUAUUUGUAGCUGCUAAGCCGCUAAACAUAUUAAGCGCUGCACUCUUCACAUGCACACACAUCGUACCUUAUUGUCUCUCUCCCUUCGUAGUUCCACUGUAUGCAACUGUCUGCAGAGAGCCGUUUGGCCUCGCUGCACUUGUGUUAGUUGGCGGCGCCUGCAGGUAUGACAGAGCUAACAGUUUACUUGGCGCUCUCGCGGGCGCGCACUCUCUCACUUUCCGCUGCUACUUCACUCAUGUCAUGCGGUUAGUGUCGUCUCUUUGUUUGCACGCAACGGCGUAUUCAAUGUACGAACGAGCACAGCACGAUGAUAGGCAGCUCUCUUGUGUGCGCUCUUUGGCUCUCAGUUGCUUGACGAGAUUGCUAUGUCGUAUAAACAACCCUGGCAAUCAUUUGCGUGUUGGUUUUUCAGUUAAUAUUCUCCAUUUGCGUCGGGUGGUUACUGUUGCUGCUGGUUCUGCUGCUGCUGCUGCUGCUGCUGCUGCUGCUCCUGUCUGUUGAUUCCGUCGGCAAUCUCGGCACUGACAGCAAUAACAAUAGAAUUGUCUUUCUUAUUUUGAUUACUGUUGCGAUGAACAACACACAUUCACAUCCAACUCCACAGAUUGUGUGGGAUGAAGAGCACACCGUGAAGUUGAUCAAGGCGUACAAGGCGCAGAAUGUUUUGUGGAAUCCGGAAAAUCGCGGCUUCUUGCAUCGCAAUGCGAGAUACGAUGCCUGGAAAGAGAUGGCGAAUGUUAUGCAGCUGACCAUACGCGAUGUUAAGAGAAAAAUGAAUUCGUUGAUUGCCGUUUACCGAUCACAGUAUCGCAAGGGUGUUCCCAAUCCUCGCUGGUGGGCCAGUCACAUGUCCUUUAUGCAGCCGAAGUUGACGAGAAAAUCAAACACUUGCGACCAGCCUGAGCAGCCUGAAAUUAGCGACAAUUCCAUCGGACACGAGCACGAAGACAGCGAACAGGAAUUUAUAUCAGCCGAAUCAACGCAGCAACGUCCUUAUCAAUCGGCAUUUCGCGAAUUUUGCGCUGAAUUCGAGCCACCUAACCGACUGCAUUCUAUCGGGGAAGAGGAGGAGCUGGUGGAGAAGGCCUGGCCAGACAGCAAUGCGAUUCAGCUGCAUGACGAUAGUUCCGUGCACCUGAAGACGGAGCUGGAAGAGAGCGAGACAGAGCUGCAGGCGCCAGCGCCGGCGCCGGCGCCGGUGUUAGCGAGUCCCGCUGACCCGCCAGAGGAUCUGGAGUACGACGAUGUGACGCUAUAUGUCAAGUAUCUGGAAUGCAAGCUGAAGAAGUAUCCCACUAGCACUCGCAAUGCCAUCCAAUUCGAAUUCAAUCGCAUCAUCUACGAAGCCGAUCUGGGACUGCACGACCGGACCAGUGCUCCGAGGUUUUCAUAAAGUCGCAGCUGACCUAGUUCUGGAUCCAGAUCGAACUUCGUUCAUCUAAUCUUAAGAUAUAUGCAAAGCAACUGUAAUAGUUUAUAAGCAUUUCAAUGUAUAUAUGCUGCGAGGGUAGUUCGACUAAUCGCUCUGAAUUCGCAGGCCCGAAACGCAUCAGACCACCCUCGUCAUUAAGGCUCUUUGUGAUUGUAUAGCUAAGUUAGUUACUUUCAUAUCUGAUUAUACGUCUAUUUAGCAACUCCAAUACUAUCUCUAAAAUAUAUUGCAUAAUAUGCAUUACGAUCGCUUCAAGUGGAGAGACGGCAGACGAAAUCAGUUCCACGUGGAAGCGUGAGAAUGUGCAUACAUACAUACAUACAUACAUACAUACAUACAUACAUACAUAUGUU